GCUACUCAGCUUGCGAGAAGAGUUCUGAAGCUUCCGGUCGUGGUAGCUACUGCAUCGCGACCUGAGACGAUCGACUCUUGCAAGCGGAUGGGCGCUACUCAUGUUAUCAACCACCGGGAAGACCUUAUAAAGCAGAUUGAAGAACUGAAUCUCGACGUUCCCAUCAACGAUCUUCUUGCUUACAAGCAUGGAUACGUCUACAUCGUCGCCCGAACCGAGCAAUACACUGAAUCCGUCGCCAAAAUCUGCGCACCAUUCGGAAAGGUCUGCACCAUCGUUCAGGCAGACGUGAGCCUCUACGGAACAGAAUUCAUGUCAAAGUCCUUGACAUUUUCAUGGGAUUGGCUGGGCUCUGCUGCGUAUCAUAACACAGGCGUCGAAGAUUAUCAUGAGAUGCUAGGCACUAUUUCUCGUCUGAUGGAAGACGGUUCACUCUUCUCUACAGUUGGAACUCGUCUUAGGUUAACGCUUGAGGGGUUGAAGGAAGCGCAUAAGAGUGUGGAGGGUAGUACUACAGUUGGGAAGAUUGCGCUUGGUGUUGAUGAGCCUGGGGAGGGUGAACCGUUUGCUUAG